AUGCCCUCCAAAAGCAACAACAACAACUACACCGACCCCGAACUCCGCCAGGAGGUCAAAGAGGAAGUGCAGCAAGGCGACAAGGGCGGGAAACCCGGCCAAUGGUCUGCGCGGAAGGCCCAACUCACGGCCCAAGAAUACAAAUCCCGGGGCGGGGACUACACGACCAGCAAGGACGAGCAGUCGCAAUCCCAGCGGAACCUGUCGCAGUGGGGCGCGGAGGACUGGGUGACCAAGGAAGGGUCGGGGACGGCCAAGACCGACGAGAGCGCGGCGGACGGCGGGCCGCGCAAGCGGUAUCUGCCCCGCGAGGCGUGGGAGGAGAUGAGCGAGGGGGAGAAGGAGGCGACGGAGAGGAAGAAAGUGGAGGAGGGGGGGAAGGAGAAGAAGCAGUUUGUGGGAAAUACGGAGGGGGCGAAGAGGAAGAGGGGGGAGGUUUCGAGGCGGACUGGAGAUAAGGAUAAGGAUAAGGAUGAGGAUGAGGAUGAGGAUGAGGAUGAGGAGGGGGAGGGGGAUGGGGAGGGUGAGGGUGAGGAGAAGGAGGAGGGCGAGGAGAAAGGAAAGGGUAAGGGGGAUGAGGAGCAGAAGGACGGGGAGAAUAAAGACGAGGAGUUAGAUGAGGAUGAUGAGGAGUACCAAGAAGAAGAAGGGGAAGGAGAAGACGAAGACGAGGAAGAAGAAGAAGGAGUGGAGCAGCAGGUGGGCGAUGAUGAGGAAGCGGAAGGCGAUGAUGCCCCCGACAAAAAGAAGCAAAAGACGAAGUAA